AUGAAGAUCGCAUCCUCACUCGCUGCCAUCAGUCUGGCCUCCAACGCAUUCGCUGCCUAUGUUGGCUCUACCUUUUGGACGACCAUGACCCCAUCCCAAACCCUGGAUGGUGCUAUGACUAGCUACUCUGCCACCUUCGGUAUUGCUGUUGAGCCCCUAGAGACCAGUUCGUCCGUGACCGCGUCUCUCAACGUUGAGAAAAGACACGUUGCUUCCCAAAUUGAUGAUGGCCAGAUUCAAGCUACCACAGGCACCGAGGAAGAAACCUCCAAAUCGACUGCCGCAGCUGUUGUCACGCAAAUCACGGACGGCCAAAUCCAAGCCACCACUGCCACCACCACCUCUUCUUCCUCGAGUUCCAAGAGCACCGCCGCCGAGGUUGUCACUCAAAUUGGUGACGGUCAAAUCCAGGCUACCACCUCCACUUCCUCCAAGAGCACUGCUGCAGACGUUGUUACCCAAAUCGGCGACGGCCAGAUUCAGGCCACCAGCAAGUCAUCUACCUCUACUGCUGCAGACGUUGUGUCUCAGAUCACUGAUGGCCAGAUCCAAGCUACCACCAGCACCGAGGCAUCUUCCACCACCAGCGGUGUGAUCUCCCAGAUUUCCGACGGUCAAAUCCAGGCAUCUUCUACCACCGCUUCGACGACCUCUUCCGAGGCCUCGUCCACUGCAACCGGUGACUACAUCGACGCCGUCUCCUGUAAGAAGGAGGGUGCUCUGGCCAUGACCUUGAAAGACGGCGUCCUGUAUGACUCUGAGGGAAGAAUUGGCUCUAUCGUCGCUAACAGACAAUUCCAGUUCGACGGUCCUCCACCACAAGCUGGCGCCAUCUAUGCUGACGGAUGGUCCAUCUCCCCAGAAGGCUACCUGGCCAUUGGUAACAACACCAUUUUCUACCAGUGUCUGUCGGGCACCUUCUACAACUUGUACGACGAGUCGAUUGGAGGCCAAUGUAAUGAAGUCCACCUGAAGGCGGUCGAGUUGGUCGACUGUUAG